AUGGCGUCCGACGACGCUGAUGCCGGCGGAUCCGGCCGCAAGACUGGCCACCAGCGAAGGCGCAGCAGCACUAGCCGCCACAAUCGCGUACAGCCCUCACCCCGCACGACCGACGAGCCCACAGGCACCCAGUCCCUGCCACCCGCCCAGUCUUCGCUGCCCAGCCACAGCCUCUCGACGGGCCAGCUGGCCUCGCAACUUGGCGACCUCGGAUCUCCCUAUCCAAAGGACCGUCACCUCGCAGAUCGCUCCGGUAUCCUCACCUCGGCGGAGACCAAGCUGGGCGACCUCAACGUCGUGGCCGCCUACAAGGCCCACUUCCGCGAGUCGCCCUUUGAGUUUCUCCAGCAGUUUGUCGCCUACGGCCAGGGCACCGGCUGGCGCGGCUACUCCAACUACAUUGGGGCGCCCAUCCUCUACCCGGGCAUGUCCGACGAGACCAUCCGUGCCGUACUCGCCAGCGACCAAGUCCAGGAGCGCAUCCGCCGCCUCGCCGCGCUCCGCAUCGACGCCCUCUUCCCCGACACCGGGCCCAUGCCGCCCUCGGGGCCCACAAAGGCGCAAAAGUCGCUUGCCGUCUUCAAGCAGCGCAAACAGCGCGAGAUGGAGGGCCAGCUGCGCGACGUCGCCCACCACAUCCUCGUCAAGUCGGUGGCGCGCAUCGACUCGCUCCGCUUCCUAAAGGCCUUUGCCGCCAGCGUCAACAACGUCCUCGCCCGAAUGUACCACCAGGGCAUCCACAUCAGCGUGCCCCAGGUCCUCGAGCUGCGCAGGGUGGCCGCCUACGCCGCUGAGCGCAAGCAGAGCAUCAUCUUUCUGCCGUGCCACAAGUCGCACAUCGACUACCUCACCGUCUCCUGGCUCAUGUACCGCCUUGGCAUCGCGCUGCCCCACAUCGUCGCCGGCGAGAACCUCGAUCUGCCCGUCGUCGGAAACAUCCUGCGCGGCGGCGGCGGCUUUUUCAUCCGGCGCUCGUUUGCCGGCGACCAGCUCUACCCGAUCGUGAUCAAGGAGUACAUCGAAAAUAUCCUGGCAAACGGGCGCAACCUCGAGUGCUUCAUCGAAGGCACCCGGUCGCGCACGGGCAAGCUGCUUCCGCCCAAGCUGGGCAUUCUCAAGUACGUCGUCGAGGGCCUGCUGGCGGGCCGCACCGACGACGUGUGGGUCUGCCCCGUGAGCCUGCAGUACGACUCGGUCAUUGAGUCGGAGACUUACGUCUCGGAGCUGCUUGGCAAGCCCAAGGAGUCCGAGUCGCUGCUGGGCCUGCUGAGCGGCAGCUCGUCGCUGCUGCAGCUCAAGAUGGGCCGCAUCGAUAUCCGCUUCGACACGCCCUGGUCGCUCCAGGGCUUCAUCGAGGAGCAAAAGGCGCGCCGCGCCGCGCCCGGGCCGGACGACACCAAGGUCGAGCUCGACAUCCGCAACAGCGAGCAGCACAAGGUGCUGCUUCUGCGCGCGCUCGGGUACCGGGUGCUGGCCGACAUCAACAAGGUGGCCGUCGUGAUGCCGGCGGCGCUGGUGGGCACCGUCAUCCUGACGCUGCGUGGGCGCGGCGUGGCGCGCUCGGAGCUGAUCCGGCGCGUCGACUGGCUCAAGGACGCCAUCACGCUCAAGGGGUACAAGGUGGCCGACUUUGGCACCAUGACGACGGCCGAGGUUGUGGACCGCACCACGUCGACCGUCAUGAAGGGCCUCAUCACCGAGCAAAAGGACGUGCUCGAGCCCACCUUCCUGCCUGAGAAGCGCUUCGAGCUGAGCUUCUACCGCAACCAGGUCAUCCACAUUUUUGUCAGCGAGGCGCUCGCCUCGGCGGCGCUCUACACCAAGGUCAAGCAGGGCGGCACGGCGCCCAUGCAGCGCAUGACGAGGUCCGAGCUGCUGCGCGAGUGCAGCUUCAUCUCGUCGGUGCUGCGCAACGAGUUCGUCUUUGGAACCGACACCCUCGAGGGCAACGUCGACAAGACCAUCGAGGGCAUGGUCGCCGACGGCAUCCUCCAGCUCAACCGGCCGGGCGUCGAGGGUGAAAGCGAGGGCGAGGAGACAAUCGAGAUCAGCAUGAAGGAGCGAGAAAUUGGGCGCGAGAACUUUGACAGCUUCCUCUUCCUCAUCUGGCCGUUUAUCGAGGGCUAUUGGCUAGCGGCAGUGACGCUCCUCUCUCUCCUCCCCUCCUCGUCAGCCGGAACGGGAUCGAUUGCGUACUACAACCUGAGUGCGCACACGAAGCACGCGCAGCAGAUUGGCAAGACGCUCUACGCCCAGGGCCAGCUGGCCUACCUGGAGAGCAUCAAUGCCGCCGUCCUCUCCCAGGCCUUUUCGCGUUUCCAGGAAAUGGGCGUGCUGCUGCGCGACAAGUCGACGCCGCGUCCCGGCAAAAAAGUCGUCGACGUCAUCGCCAUCAACCCGGAUUGGUACCCGCCACCGGCACCGGCACCGGCAACGGCACCGCACGAUGAGCAGGUUAGAAAAGCGCAAGAGCACCAGCAGCAGCAGCAGCGUGGACACGCGCCGCAUGCGAGUGCCGAUGCCGACGGCGACGACGAGGAUCAGGGCAAGUUGUACGACCUCAUCCAGCACCUCGGCCACUUUAGGAGAGAGGGAAAGGAUAGGAGAGAACAGAGCGUCGCUUCGCGCAUCCUCGGCCUCGUCUCCAUCGGCCUUCCAGAGGUUGUAGAGUUUCGUAGAAAUAGACGCGGCCACAGAGAGUCGGCCAACCUGUAG